AAAAUAUUGAUGACUUGCUCUGUCACGCAACUGGGUGGGGACGCACCGAAAAGGGUACAUUUUCAGAUGUUUUGUUGGAGAUUCUAAUAAAGAAGCAAAAGUGUGAUCUUCCUACACAUGAACUUGGAUUGGUUAAUGCUGACACAAUGUUUUGUGCCCACAAGCUAGGGAGAGAUUCGUGUCAUGGGGAUUCAGGUGCACCAUACAUGUGUAAACAACCUACUAAAAUAGAAAAUGGCAAACGGGUACCAGGAAAAUGGGUUCAGUAUGGAAUUGUGAGUUGGGGCCCCUCAAUAUGUGGAAAUUAUUCAGGUGUAUACACAAAGGUGGCACAUUAUACAGAUUGGAUACAGGACAAAAUAACAACAAAUGGAGGAUGGGGAGCAUUCAGUGGAUUCACAGAAUGUUCAGUGAAAUGUGGAGGAGGCUGGAAGUCCAGAGUUAGAGUGUGUAAUAACCCACCACCAAUUGGAAGAGGAACAUGUGAGGCACCAUUGGGUGAGAAGCGUGUCGAUAUUAAGACUAAUGCUAUAUUAGACAUACACUGGAUCAAAUGUAACAUACAUGACUGUUGACAGAAUUUUUGAAAAUGUUAGAAAAUUUUGUCAUUUUAAUAAAACUUGCAAAUACACAUAAAUUUGAAAAUUGCAAA